UCGAGAGCGAAGUGAAAGUAGGUGAGUGUGAGAGACUGGCCGGGGAGUGCAGGAUUCAUCCAGCAGCUGGGGAGGGAUUAGGUGAAGCAGAGAGUGACCGAAUGGAGGACCCUACAGUUGGAGUAUCUUCAUGGACUGAGUGACUCCCAGCAGCCAAAGCGGGGACCUCUGGGCCUCUGCAUCUUCCCCUUUUUCUUCUCUAUCUCUGAAUCGUCAGGAGGACGCAUUCACACAGCCACCAACAGAUCACUCACAGAUACACACAUCACUCAGAAGCUAUGGGGUCAGUGAGUGAACUCUGCGUGUCUAGCCUUCAGACGUUCUUGUGUCCAGCCGUGAAGCCGCUUCAGCAAGCUCCAGUGCCGGACGACCUCACCCCCGAGGAGCAGCAGGAGCUCGAGAAUAUCCGCCGGCGCAAGCAGGAGCUGCUGGAGGACAUUCAGCGGCUGAAGGAUGAGAUAGCAGAAGUGACGAGUGAGAUCGAGAACCUGGGUUCCACCGAGGAGAGGAAAAAUAUGCAAAGGAAUAAACAGGUGGCCAUGGGCCGUAAGAAAUUCAACAUGGACCCCAAAAAGGGGAUCCAGUUCCUGAUUGAGAACGACCUGCUGAAGAACACCAGCGACGACAUUGCUCAGUUCCUCUACAAAGGCGAGGGCCUCAACAAGACAGCCAUCGGGGAUUACCUCGGAGAGAGAGAUGACUUCAAUAUCGAAGUCCUUCAUGCCUUUGUGGAGCUUCAUGAGUUCACAGACCUGAACCUGGUCCAGGCCCUGAGACAGUUCCUGUGGAGUUUUCGGCUACCGGGAGAAGCUCAGAAGAUCGAUCGCAUGAUGGAGGCUUUCGCUCAGCGCUACUGCCAAUGCAACCCUGGCGUUUUCCAGUCCACAGACACCUGUUACAUCUUGUCGUUUGCCAUCAUCAUGCUCAACACCAGCCUUCACAACCCCAACGUGAAGGACAAGCCCACUGUGGAGCGAUUCAUCUCCAUGAACAGGGGAAUCAACGAAGGGGGAGACCUUCCUGAAGACCUGCUCCGGAAUCUGUACGACAGCAUCAAGAACGAGCCUUUCAAAAUCCCAGAGGACGACGGAAAUGACCUCACACACACUUUCUUCAACCCAGACAGAGAGGGCUGGCUGCUAAAACUGGGAGGACGUGUUAAAACCUGGAAGAGAAGGUGGUUCAUCCUCACAGACAACUGUCUGUACUACUUUGAGUACACCACAGACAAAGAGCCCAGAGGAAUCAUCCCACUGGAGAACCUGAGCAUCAAGGAGGUGGAGGAUAAGAAGCCUAACUGCUUUGAGCUUUUCAUCCCAGACAACAAGGACCAGGUUAUAAAAGCCUGCAAGACUGAGGCCGACGGACGCGUUGUGGAGGGCAACCACACCUUCUACCGUAUCUCCGCCCCCACAGCGGAGGAAAAGGACGAAUGGAUGAACAGCAUCAAAGCUGCCAUCAGCAGGGACCCAUUCUACGAGAUGCUGGCAGCCAGGAAGAAGAAGGUGUCGUCCAUGAAGAGGCACUAGAGCUACCCUGCGCUCCAGAUGUUGCACUUGACCGAGCAGGGGGCCCGGGUAUCUGCUCGCCCUGCCGGGGUGGGUGCAGAGGCCGCGGUUUAGGUCUGUAGACCUCUGCAGGGGAUUUCUCUAGGACUUGGGACUCUACAGGCCAGAAAAACAGGAAGCAUGCUGGGGUUUCUAGAUAAGAGUCGGGCCAAAGUGUCCGUUAACCUCCUCUAACCUCCUCUCUCAGCUUUGUUUGUGCUCUCUGUCUAUGAAGCUGAAAGGAAAUCUUGCUGUAUAAGCUGGCAAAGUCCCCUUUUGAAGAUGCUUAGAAAACCAACAACAUAAUUCCCAUAUACAUUGUUGCACACGCACACAACAUGCAUACACUCAUGCAGUCCCCCGUAGCACACAUCCUCUAAACUCAGCAGGUCUGACCGCGUGUGACACUCCAACCAAAAUAUUCCUCGCUUCCUGAUAGAAAAGUAAAUACCUUUUCUGACGUGCUUUAAUAUGUAACGGUAAUACGUGUCUAUUUUUACAGCUUUAAAUGUCUGUUCCUCUUUUGUUUGUUUACUUUUGUUAAUAAGCAAAAGGUCUUGCAACUGAAACUGCAGGGUAGGGUGGGGGGGAGGGAGGGUCGGAUUUGCCAACUGUUAGUUUUAUACUUAAAAAAAAAAAGAAAACAUAAAAAAGUUGCCACUCAGGAGAUUUGGUAUGACGUUCUGAAAGGUUCGACGUGACACGGAUCCUGUUCAGGACAGCCAUGUGAGGAGUGGAAGCCUCAUCUGUGUCCCCGACUGAACUGUUUUUGUAAAUGUGAAGCUGCAUUGUGGGACGCUGCAGGUGAGGGUGUAUGCAUGUCUGGACGGGGUCUCAGAGUUGUAUCUGACUCAUGUUCUUCAUUUCCUGAAAGUUCUGGAGACGCAUCCUGAGGAUUAGUGUCUUUUAAAGGGACGACUGUUUGUGACCCUAGGCUUCUUUUUGAGCUCGUAAGUUGUCUGGAAAUUAGAAAUGGUGGCCCUAUUUCUUUUUCUCUUCCCAUACAUUUUUAUAUUAUUUUGUCUUAAAACAAAUCCAUUACUUAAUUUUAUUCUUAGUAAAGUUACUGCUGCAUGUGGCCGGGUCGAUUUAGAUCAGUGGUUCUCUCGCGACCCAAAAGUUUAUCCACAAGUUUAAGUCAUUUACACAGCCGCUCUCCCUCUCUCUCUCCUGUCUGUGAGGAGCAGCAGCUUCAGCUGGCAGGACAAAAUAACAAACGGUAAAUGGCAUUAAAUAUUAUGAAAUAUGCCGGGUAAUAAUAAUAGAUGUAUUUAUUUUCUUCUCAGACUCUACCAGAAUACGUAAUUUACAUGAUAGUAUUUUUAAAAAUCUCAGGGAUUGGGAUUUCAGCUUGUCACAUUUUUCAUGUGCGGUGAGUUACCAGGAUUGAUUCUAAAUCUCUCUUAUUAUUUAAUACAAACAAUAUGUGCCUUUUUUAUUUCUUAAAGUUCAAUUCUGAUUCUAGAAAACGUGAUGACCAUCAUCAGUUUAAACUUUUUUUAAAGUAUACUUUAGUUCUUUGAAGGGAUAUAAUCUCCCUUGCAUAUAUAUAUAUUAUAUAACUGCAGUGGUUCAUAACUUUGGGUCGUGAUUGAUUGACGAAGGAAAAAGUGGGCCCUGAAGCUUGGCCAGUUGAGAACCACUGAUCUAGAUGAAACAUCACGAGAAAAGCUACUGGUUAGCGACAGUUUCUUCCCCCAUUCGACAACAUUUCAUCUUUAUUUCCUGCAUUUAAUAUUGAUUUGCUUUGUACAGGGAUACCUUUAUCAAUGGUAAAACAAAUCACAUGCAUUUUACAGACCUCAUUGAUCUUUGUACAAAACUGUGCUUCAGGUUGUUUAUGUAUAAGACAUAAUAUAUGACAUAUUGUUAUAGAGGCUUUAACGUGGCACAAAUAAAUGUGUGGUUCAGUAAAAGCUAUGCCUGCGAAAGAAUGGGCUGUCCCGACUCAGGAUCUAAAUUGUGAUGUGAAACAAUACAAAACUGCUAGGUGUGAGAGGAAUGUACUGCGCUGAACCAAAACAUGGAGGUCAGGGUGGCGAAUGGUCAUGCUGAAGCAGUCGGUUUGUCGAAUGGCAAACUGAACUGUGUGACAGUACUAUUCUGCAUCACAGUCGGCGCUGGGCGUCGAGCGGUCGUGUUUUUCAUCUGUGCCUGCUGCUCAUGACCCUCACUCACUGCCUUCUUUGUUUCCUGGUUCUUUUCCUCUCUGCUCUUCUCUACGCACUAAUCCUAGGGAAAUUAUGAAAAAUGCAAAACAAUCAUAAUUCUAGACAGUAUUGGUUUAUUUAUCAAAGUUGUACAUAUUUAAAAUGUAUAGUGGGUAUUUUGUCUUCAUUUUGUUUCCUAUUAGCUGUGCCAUUGUUCUUUUGGUAUUCUCUUUAAUGAUGUUUGAUUUGAGGUUUGUAUCAUUGCCAUUUAAUCAAGCUAAAAAUAAAGACAAAUUUGUCACAA